AUGGCGACGUCAACACCAACACCGACAUCAUUCUCAUCAUCAUCGUCUUCGAAGGUGUUGUUCACGUUGAGAAGAAAACAGCGAAGAAUAAUCGGGAGAAAAAUGAGCAGCGCGACGACGUUGGUGCGCACGACGAGCGGUAUGGAUGCUGAUAGAAGAAAGAGUAGUAAAACGAACGAAAAAACAGUCAUCCUGGUGCGACACGGGAAAACGGAAAUGAAUGAAUAUCUCGCCUCAAAUCAUUGGGCGGAUGAAAAGUUCAAAGAUCCUCUUUUAUACGACACGAAACUGUCGAAAGCCGGCAUCGCGGGCGCGCAGUUAGCGCAAGUGUUCGUGGAAAAACUGGAACCAAAACCAGAAUUGAUCGUCGCGUCGCCGUUAUCUCGCGCCAUCGCAACGGCGAAGUACGUCUUCGAACACGACCAAACGACGCCGAGAGCGGUGUGCGUUUUCGCGCGCGAAAGAGUCUUUCACGCCUCCGACCACGGGAAGACGAGAAAAGAACUCGAACAAACGCACGCGGACUUUGAUUUCUCGCACAUUGAGUCUGAAUCCGAACCGUGGUGGUACGUCGGCGCUGAAAACGAAAAGAAAACGUUCGGCGAAGUUUCCUUAGAACCCGUGGACGUCUUCGAGCAAAGAAUGGACGACUUGAUAGAUUGGAUAAACGACCGAGACGAAGACGUCAUCGCCUUAGUCGCGCACUGGGGGGUCUGCUUCUCCUUGACUGGCGAGCAGUUUGAAAACUGCGAAGCUCGAGUGUUCAAACCAGGGUCGUUGAAGCCGAAAACCGGCGAUUUUCGUAAAGUCGAGUUGGCGCUCGAAGAUUCGGCCCAAGGGAAAGCUCUUCGAGCGCUUGUUUUCGUUAUGAAUGAAAUCACCGGCUCGGUGCCGCUGAGCGUAGGUUUAGCCGUAGGCGUGUCGUUAGGUGUCGCGAGCGCGAUUGCCAGUAAGUUUUAG